AUGCCAACUGAAUCAUGCAGGUGGUAUCCGGAUUCGGUUAUUCACUAUGUACCGGGAGAAAGCUACCGCUAUGCACGUGGAAAGUACCGAAACCCAUAUGAUCUCGCCACAAAGGAUGCCGAGAUCACAUCUUGUACUCGUGUAGAUAGAAAAAUUUCACAAGUGGUUGCGGUUUUGAAUUAUAUCCAUCCAAAGUUUCGCGGUCUAGUCAAGGGUGUUAAGUGUGAUUUUGUUCUUCGUUCUUCAAUCACACAGCUUGGUGUGAACGCCGAUAAUGUCAAGAUUUCGAUCGACCGCACCAAAAAUAUUGCAACCAUCACACUUGAUCUUGUUGCCAUCUCCCCGCUCGCGGUGCUCACACUUGACCAUAUCGCAGUCGGCGCGUUCAUUGGUAAGAUUUUUGCGAUUGAGAGAAAUCGUGUUGUAAGCAACCCGGAGUACAUCACCCGAUUGUUGGAAUCAUUCAAUCCGGAAGGCCAACGCUUAUUGAUGUAUGGCCAAAAUGAUCAACUGGAUUGGGAUCUCAAAAUUAUCGAUAAUCGUGUCAUCGCGUUUCUGCCUGUCCUCCCCGGUGUCUUUACCUUCACUGGGGAGAUACACGAUCUUUUGCCCACCAUUGGCGUGGCGCUGAAGAAAGGUGUGCCCUACAAAGAUCUUAUUCGCCUCCACCAGCAGUUUAACGAUGACCACACGCGGGUUUGCACGACUGGUUCCGUUCUCAAAGUACGAGGCUACGCCAUGCAUUUCAGAACCUUAUUUGGCUACGUUGUGGACGAAUAUCUGCCGCCGGGGCUGCACUCCAUGGGAUCUCGCGUUAUCGAGCCGGAGGAUCGCUAUGCUUAUCAUCAUCUGCGGGACCGGACUUUUGUCUUUUAUGGUGACUCCACCACGGAGCUCACGCACAUUCCCAUUGAGUUUUACACUCUGGAGUCUUACCGGGAGCAGGUUCCUUUUGCCUUGCGGAAAACACUCGCCACUCGCUGUGCAAACCCGGCUGAUAUUCUGCACGUCUUUAAAAAAGCCCCCAAAGGCAAUCAGCCCUGCUGCGCAUAUCUCUGUAAAGGGGGCCAGUUCUAUGAGAUGACCAAAGACGAUUGGAUUGUUUCUGAUCCGAAGAAGACGACGUAUGCGGAGUGGUUUAAUCCUGACGAGCAGCGACGACUUGUAAAGCAUUAUAUCUAUCAGCAGCCGGAAUAUUCCAUUCUUUCUGCCAUCGCCAGUGAUGACAUCACCAGUGAUGGGGUUCUCGCUACGCGGUAUUUCCCCUCCCCGUGCCUUAAAUCCCUUAUCCUCUCGAGUGCCGUGUGUAAUAAACUACGGGCGAUAUUUUUCUGCAAGCCCUCUCGGCAGUACGGAGAUUUUUUCAGCCAAGAGGAUGUCGCCCUUUUGGGUGACUUUACCACAUUCGGCAUCUCUGUUUUCAACGUUAAUGAGUCCAGUGGCGAGGUCUAUCAAUAUAUUCGUCGACCUGAGCGUAAUACCGGCCAGUUUGUGCCGCUGGAACGCCGCCACGAGUACUUGAAUUCUACGAUGUUCGGGGUAUAUGGUUCUAACUUAAUCGCUGGAGACUUUGAAGCCGAACUAAUAUAUCUCCUCAAUGGUAUCCUACAAAUCAAGAAGACCUGCAAGCACCCGCUUUUAAAUCCCACGAAGCCAUUGUCACUUGUGACAGGAGGAGGUCCUGGUGCAAUGGAAGUUGGAAAUCACGUAGCGAAGUCUCUUGGCAUCUUGUCGUGUGGUUUAAUUGUUGAUUUUCGCAGCGCAGCAUCUGUCCCGGGGUCUAAUAUUAAUGAGCAAAGACAAAACCCAUAUGUCGAAUCCUUUUUCGCUUAUCGGUGCAAUAAUUUAGUAGAACGACAAUCGGAUUUUAACUUAGAUUUCCCCAUUUUCUUGAUUGGUGGUAUCGGUACCGAUUUUGAGUACGCCUUAGAAGAAGUGAAUCGCAAAGUGGGUGCGGUUUCUCCUACCCCUAUUAUUUUAUUCGGAGCUGUCGAAUACUGGACCAGCAAGAUAUCCUAUCGCUACCAUGAGAACUGCCGUAAGCGUACUAUAAAAGGUUCGGAAUGGCUAUCGACGAUUCCGUGGGUUGUAUCGACUGGGAAAGAGGCGCUGGAAGUGUAUAGAGACUUUUUUGAUGGCGUCUUACCGAUCGGUGCAGGCCAUCCCGUCAAUGAGCGCGGUUUUAUGAUCGCACGAGAUUAUUUGUUAUCCCGAAAAUAA